AAUUAAUAAUCAACAUUAUUAUUAUUAUUUUUUUCCCAAAGCAUAAAUGGUCAACAAUUAGGGAGAAAUAUUUAUUUAUUGCUGUACGUACGUAGUUUGAAAACCCUACAGUUCGUUCAGUUAACUAGCCACUAAACAGAAGGCCGAGCCACGAUCUCCACGCAGCCGCGCGUUAUGCUCCUAAUCCUUCGGACACUUUGCAACGCUGGGGCACUUUCGUACUUUCAGGUCGCCCACCCAAAUGCGGCAGCGUGAGACAAACCGCGGCAGCGGGCUUGUACCGUUGUACGAGCCUCGUCGGACUCAAACGCGCGUUUCAUCGAACCGCGGGAGGCAGUUUCGCAAUUAUCAAAAUCCACCAGGGGCAAUCCCCUCUGUACGGUUUCCAAGAGUCACGAUUCACGAAACAACCGUUCGCUUUAUAAAAACUGUUGCACAGCCAAACAGAGACGUCCCUCUCCCUUCAUCCCCUGUUUCCCCGAGCUGUUCCGUUUUCCUCUCUCUCUCUCUCUCUCUCUCUCUCUCUCUCUCGCUCGCCUCUCUGUUUCUGUUUCUCUCGCUAGAAGUUGCAGAUAGAAGAAGUCCAGAAGAAGAAAGGAGUUAGCAGAAAUUUGCCAUUAAAGACGAACCCAUAUAACAGACCCAAACCUCCAUUGUCGCAUAGACCACUCGUUCCUCAACCAUCUCCAACAGAAACCCAAAUCUUAAAACCCUAACAUUUUCUAUAUAAGCCCUCAAGGCGAGCAAUUAAGCACUUGAGGGUUCGAUUUUGAUUUAAUUGAAUCGGUUUCUGGUUUCGUGAUGGUUCGUGUCAGCAACACUGUGACCGCAAUUUUCAACUGCUGUACCCUCGUCAUUUCUGUGUUGGCGCUGGGCGGGUCGUUCUGGAUCCACGCCCAUGGAGGUUCUGAAUGCCAGAAAGUGCUGCAGACGCCGCUCAUGAUUCUGGGUCUGUUCCUGUUCGUUGUUUCUCUGUUCGGGAUAAUCGGGUCGUGCUGUCGGGUCUCCUUCAUCAUGUGGAUUUACCUGCUUGUUCUGUUCUUGCUCAUCGUGGGGCUGUUCUGCUUUACGGUGUUCUUGAUCGCGGUGACGAACAAGGGCGUCGGAAAUUUCAUCUCCGGCAAAGGGUACAGGGAGUAUCGUCUCGGAGAUUACUCCCACUGGCUCCAGAAAUACGUGAUCAAUGCACAGAAUUGGGAGGAGAUUAAGAGUUGUUUGAUUGAUGCUCAGGUUUGCCCGAGACUCGCAGUCGCCGCCGGUCAGAAAGCGCCCGCCUUCUAUACCCUUAACAUGUCUCCAACACAGUCGGGGUGCUGCAAACCUCCAACAUACUGUGGGUUCAAAUUCAAGAACGCAACUUACUGGGAAGUGCCAAAGGAGGGGCCGGCGGUGGGAGACGUGGACUGCAAGCUAUGGAGCAACAACCAGCAGCGGCUCUGCUACGACUGCAACUCCUGCAAGGGAGGAGUCCUCGCCAACGUCAAGACCCAGUGGAGGAAGCUCGCUCUCGCCAACUUCUGUGUUCUCGUCUUCCUCACCCUCCUCUACUCCGUCGGCUGCUGCGCCCUUAGGAACACCCGCUCCCAACACUACAAAUACACCAGAUACAACGGCCACCCUGCUCCCUAACCCUACCUACGACCUUCCUAGCUCUAACUAUUAUUUUUACAUUUCAUUUUAAUUAAUUAAUUAAUUAAUUAUCUCUUCUGCCUGCACCAGCUAGCGAAGCGACCCCAUGAUAUCAUUUCUAGCUCAAUUAAUGAAUCAAUUUAUUUCUGCUGCAUCUGUAAUUAAUGGGUACGGUUUAUGCAAGUUUUUAUUAAUUAAUUUCCAUGUUUUUUUGUUUCAGUA